AUGAGCUCAUCAGCCCAACCAGUAGCACUGCUCUUGACCGCUCUGCCUUCUUCGAUAGACGAGGUCAACUCGACAUCGUCUCACUCGCGUGCGAAUCGCACCACGGUGGAGAUACACGGCGCAACGAUCAGUAGUCUUACAUCGCUGUCAUUAUCGCCACCUCUGGUCGGCUUUUCGCUCAGAACACCAUCGAGAGCUGCCAAUGCUCUUCUUGGAGCGCAGCAGAUGAGCAAUGGCCCCACAUUUACCCUCACCCUCCUGGCUCAUGCAGAUUCUGAUGCUGACACCGACGCAGCACAGCACGCAUCGUGCUCCAAUCUUGCAGGCGCCUACGCUGUCCCUGGUCUCGAGGCCUACUCACUCGCCUCUGACUGGUCACACAAGAGUCCUGCAGGCCCGAAAAGGCCAAAUGCGGCCGAUCAUCCUUUAUCGAGCGCCAAACUUCUACCUUCCUCCGCCUUCGCAUCAUCUGGUCGCUCGAACACACCCAUACCCUACCUAGCCCACGCGCUAGGUGCAUUUUCCUGCAGUCUAGAAGCGCGCAUCCGUCUCGCUUCCCUUACAUCACAUAGCUCGAACGAAUGCCCGAAUCUGCUCUCCAAAUCCCUCAGUGCUCCAUACUCGCCGCGCAAACUCAGACUAGACACGACGUUGGCCGUUCCGAGCGAGCAGGACGAGACGCUCGCAGAGUCCGUCGAAGCGCAAGAGACUGGCAAGUCUGACACUGCAGGUAAAGAGUCGCAAGAAAGCUGGUUGCUCAUAGCCAGAGUUUGGGAUGUUCACGGGUCAGACAGCACCGCGCGACAAGAGGCCGACGAUGCAAAGCCUCUGGUAUGGUGGAACAAACAUUUUACCACUGUGCAAAAGUGA